AUGAGGAUGCAUAAUUCUCCAUCUAGUGAUGACAGUUCAGACUACAGCCUUGCUUCGGAUGUUGAACAUACAGAAAGUUCCCGUAAAAAAGGAACUAGUUUCUACAGGGAUUAUAACAUUCCAUUUCCUCAGCGUGGACAUAUAUCAGGAAACUACAUGACAUCACAGAAAGAUCAACAUAAAAAAUACAAAAAUAAAGAGUAUGAUGAAUACAGUACCUACAGUGAUGACAACUUUGGUACCUACAGUCAGGAAAUGGAAGAAGAUUUUGUCAAGCAGCUGAAACAAUAUAGACAAGCUAAAGAAAUCUCAAAUACUGCUUUAGGAACAUUUUCUAAAGAACCAGGGAAGAAACAGAGAAUGAAAGGAUUCCAGCAAGGUAUUGAACAGAGGGUUAAAAGUUAUAAUGUGGGUCGUGGACGUGGUUUGCAGAAGAAAAUCAAACGCAAAGACCGUGGGGGAAGAUCCAGUAAAGGAGCGGAUGACUUUCAAGAGAAUAGUAAACCAGGGAAAAAAUGGAAGGUUAUGACUCAGGAAUUUAUUAAUCAGCACACAGUGGAACACAAAGGAAAACAAAUUUGUAAAUACUUUCUGGAAGGGAGAUGUAUUAAGGGAGAUCAGUGCAAAUUUGAUCAUGAUGCAGAGUUGGAGAAGAGAAAAGAGAUCUGCAAAUUUUACUUACAAGGAUAUUGUACCAAAGGAGAGAACUGCAUUUAUAUGCACAAUGAAUUUCCAUGCAAGUUCUAUCAUACUGGAGCAAAAUGUUACCAAGGAGACAACUGUAAAUUUUCUCAUGAUGAUCUGACUAAAGAAACAAAGAAACUUUUGGACAAAGUGUUGAAUACUGAUGAAGAACCCAUAAAUGAAGAUGAAAGAGAAUUAGAAGAACUUAGAAAACGUGGCAUAACUCCUCUUCCCAAACCACCUCCAGGAGUUGGGCUUCUGCCAACUCCAGCAGAACAUUUUUCCUUUUCUGACCCUGAAGAUGAUUUUCCAAUAGAUCUCUCUGAUGAUUUCAAGAAAAUUCCAUCUCUUUUUGAAAUAGUUGUAAAACCUACUGUGGAUUUAGCACAUAAGAUUGGGAAGAAGCCACCAGCAUUUUAUAACAGUGCCUCACCACCAGGACCACAAUUUCAGGAAAGCAGCCCACACCCUCAACAUAUCUAUAGUUCUGGAUCAAGUCCAGGUCCUGUACCUGAUAGGUCUCAGGGACACGAUAGUCCUGUGAUGCACCCAGGCUCCCCUGGACAUCAUCCAUGUGCAGGACCUCCUGGUCUAGCAGUCCCACAGAGCCCACCUUUGCCACCUGGUCCACCUGGAGUUGUAGGCUCUCACAGUCAAGCUGGAGUACUUGUUCAACCAGGUCCACCUUUGACACAAUCUGGUAUGAGUGGUGCUUACCACACCCCAGGCUUUCAAGGACACAUGGUGAAUGUAAUUCGAGAGAAGCACUCUUCUCCAGCCUCAUCACACCAGCAAAGUCCUGGUGAAACGCAACUCAACACCAAUUAUGAGUCCCUUCAAAACCCAGCAGAAUUUUAUGAUAGUUACUAUUCACAUCAUGCUGUCCACAAUUUUCAGCUCCCCAGUAACCCUGGUGAUGAGAUAUGGCAUGGUGAAUUUGCCCAGCAUCAGCCUCCCAUUGUUCAAGACUCACAUAACCAUGAGAGUGUGCCUGACAGCAGCAGUGUGACAGUCCAUAGUCCUUUGACUGCACCUGGUCUCCUCCCUGCGGUGCAGAGGGCACUUUUUGUGAGACUUACUCAGAAAUACCAUGAAGAUGAAGAAGCAAGCAGCACUGAACCUCACAGGGUGCCGGGCAAGGAAGAAGAUGAUACUGUUAACUGGUAUUCCAGCAGUGAAGAGGAGGAAGGAAGCAGUGUCAAGUCAAUAUUGAAAACAUUACAGAAACAAACAGAAAUUUUAAGGAAUCAACAACAACCUCCCACAGAACUCAGCAUACCUACUGAUCCAAGGCUUGCUAAAGAAAAAAGUAAAAUACACCAAGUGGUUGACCCUAGACUUAGGACUAUCCCAAGGCAAGGCAUUAGAAAACCUUCUGAGUCUGACCCACUGGAUCUUAGACUUGCAUGGGAUCCCAGGAAAUUAAGAGGGAAUGGAAGUGGUCAUGUAGGCUCUUCUGUUUGUGGAGCCAAAUGUGAUUUACGUCAUACAAAUGCUGGCACUAAUGUCAAACACAAAAGAGGAGAUGAUGAUGAACAUACAGAAAGAGAGCUGAGAGAAAAAGCUUUCUUAAUACCUUUGGAUCCUUCACCUGGUAUAAUGCUCCAGGAUCCAAGGUCACAAUUGAGACAAUUCAGUCACAUUAAAAUGGAUAUUAUCCUAACCAAACCAAACUUUGCAAAACACAUCGUGUGGGCUCCUGAAGACUUACUUCCAGUACCUUUACCUAAACCUGAUCCAGUAUCUUCAAUCAAUUUACCGCUUCCCCCUCUUAUAGCUGACCAGCGGCUCAAUAGGUUAUGGGACGCAAAGAAUGAUUUUCAGCAACACACAAUGCCCAUUGAAUCAAAAUUAGCAGCCAAAGCCAAAAAUAACACAACAAACAGAAAAGGCUACCUAGAUCAAUUUGGAGACUUACAUAGUUCAGGAAGUAAAUUAGGAGAUCCCAGACUGCAAAAAAAUUUUGAUCCUAGACUUCACAGACUGCCCAAUACAGAGUCACAUCAAGGGGUUACAAAGGAUUCACAUACGUCUAAGGGUACCCCUUAUUUAGCAAGAUCAAGCCCUGCUUCAUCACAGCCCUCAGGGGCAGUAACCAGCAGUUCUGGGCCUGGGGCUCUGCCUCCAUAUGCCCCUAAACUGUCGUCUUCAGCUGGCCUUCCACUAGGAACUCCAAGUUCAGUUCUUAGUGGUAUUAGUUUGUAUGAUCCUAGGGAGCAUGGUUCAUUAUCUACAUCAGAGCUAGCAACAGUUUCUUUAGGAGAAAAUGCAGAAAACCAGAAAAAAAGUGGUGGUUUGAAAAGUAGUGGCAAAAAUGAGCCUACUCCUGCGGAAAUAAUCCUGCCACAAAAAACUGCUCCAGAUGUGGAAGGCAUGGUCAAGGGGCCAGCUGACCCCGAGGCAGAUAUUCUCAGGAGUUCUGGGAAGGUCCAGGCCCCAGCAGUGCAUAGUCUUCCUAUCCCAGCGCUAAUAACGGGCUUAAUUAGACCCCAGUACAGUGAUCCAAGGCAAACAAGGCAGCCGGGACAGGUGAGCCCAACCCCAGAUAAUGACCCCAAUAAAGAAGUGGAUGACAAAUCUCUGAAAGAGGUUUUCAAAACCUUUGAUCCAACUGCUUCACCAUUUUGUUAGCUAUUGUGUUAUUAAGCAAUUCUUUUCACUCUUGUGACUGUUGCGGUCCUCUGCUGUUUUGUAACUGGUUUACCUCUAUAGGUUAUUUAUUUUUAAAUUAUAAACACUUUUCAGCUGCUAGUAUUAGACCACAUGAAGUUAUACCCUCUAAAGCCUGUGGUAUUUUAUAUAAUAUUUUUAUAACUUUAAGAGAUUGUAGUAAUUGAUAUAGAAACCUGUAUAUCAUGUGUAGCAUCAGUACAAGUAUGUUUAUUGUAAAUAAACCAUCAUGAAUUCAACACUCUGCCUGAAUAUAUGCCAGUUGUCUUUCAUAAUCAAUGUUUAGAUAAAUGAUUACCACUUUUAUAUCAUUGUUUUGUUUCAAGCAAUAUGAUGUACAUUACUUUCGAGAAACAGUAUUUUGACAGGAUCCUCUCUAUAUGUCAGCACGGAGCUGAUUAAUAAGUAAUGCUAACUAAAAUGUAAAAUGAAGUAAAGAAAGCAUUUUAAAAUCAUGAUUAGCAGAACAGUUCAUGUUAAGGGCAUCACUUUUAUUAGUAUUGGCAAUAUUAUUUGUGUAAAUGAAACAAUUGAAUGUCAUGCCUUUUUAAAAUAUUGUAUACUGUAUUAUAGAAGUUGAAAUUAUAUAAAUAGAAUGUUUUGCUAAAGUGAAAAAUUCCCAAGUUCUCUAACAUAAUUUUUUAAUUUAAUUUUUCAUAUUAAAUAGUUAUGAGUUUCUGUUGUGUUGCAUUGUGAUGUUUAUGUAUUUCAAUGUAUUUUUGUCUUUAGCAGUAUAAUUUAUAUUACUUUUCAAAUAAUGUAGCUGUAGUAAUUGUAUUCAUCAUGACUUUGGCAAAUUUUAACAAAAUUUUAAAAGAUUCACUGAGAGUCUGUAGUGAUUAUUACAUUGAUAAUGUUUUAAAUGCCCAGGUACCAUAUUUUUACUUAAAUUGCAAGAAAACACAGAGAUUGCAGGUAGUGUCAACUGUAUAUGGCUACCAAUAAAGAAUCUCUUCCAGACCUC